AUGAUUGUGGAUCCACCAGCAUGUACGGUACCAGCGGCGGGAGGCACAUCAACGCACUCACUAACGAAUGGCGGCGAGGCGAAGAUAAUCAUCAAAGUGAAGUGCACGAACAAUACCGAAUACCGCAUGAAUCCCGUAUAUUCGUUCGUUGAUGCGGGUGGGAAGAUCGAUCUAGUAGUCACUCGACUGGAAGGUCCAGCAAAGGAGGACAAAGCAGUGAUACAAUACGGUCCAGCUCCUGCGGAUGCCACAGAUCCAACUACGGCUUGGUCGUCAAUUCCUCCAGAUCAGAUCCAGUCUGUCACACUGCCUUUGACGGCUACUGCGUGAUCCGCAUUCGGCGUCGAGGAUUAUGUUUCUCCCGAAGAGAAAAUUCAGCAACUGUUGCUGUCUAGCUGUGCGCUGCAUUAUUUUU